AUGGCCCAGGCACUGGCAGCAGCUUUCACGAAUAAACUCUUGACAUGUAGCAUUUGUCUAGGAGAGUAUGAGGACCCCCGUGUGCUGCCUUGUUACCAUACAUUUUGCUAUGGUUGUAUAUGUGACCAUGCUACUCAAAACAUGACUCCCAAAAGGACAUUUUUGUGUCCCCUUUGUAGAGAGGAGAUACAAUUUCCAAGGGAAGGACUUGGGAAACUGAAAAAAGAUUUCCGUAUUCACACAACAAGAGAACUUCUCAGUCAGCAACAGCAGCAUGAGGUACCAUCAACAAUUAAGGAAACUGAUGUGCAAGAAGUGACACAUGGCACCAAAUGUGAUAAGCAUCCAUCAAAUGAACAGAAAUACUAUUGUGAAGAUGAUGAUAUUGUUGUAUGUGGUGACUGCGCGUUAACAGACCACUACAGACAUGGUAUUGUGCAAAUUAAAGAAGCUGUAAAUACCAAUCGAAACAAGAUUAAAACUGUCCUUGUGAAAACUUUGCCAAAACUUGAUAUGUUUAAAGAAGCAGUUGCCAAGGAAAUUGCCAGUGAAAUUCAAGAAUCACAAAUCAGGGCAGACUCCAUCAACAAAAUCAAAGAACAGGCUCAACGUAUUCGAAGGUUUGUAGAUCAGAAAGAGCAGAUACUGAUAUCAGAAGUGAAUUCUGCUUAUGAUAUCAGAAAAAAGCAGGAGGGGACCAACAAGGACACCCUUGAACUUAACCAUGCCUCCUUACAGAGUGCGUGCAAUUUUGCUCAGGAACUUAUCACAAUUGGUUCCGCCUCUGACAUCAUGAUUCACACUAAAGCUCUGACAGAGAGACUUACAGUGAUGGAGAAAAUGCCAGUACUAACUCCAGAUAUACCACCACAGAUAACCUACAGCCCUGGUGACAUAUCUACUCCUGGACUGGAAGCCAUGUUAGGAGAGGUGAUAGAACAGUCACAACCUCCUAGACCUUCUAGACUGGAGGAAAAUCUACCAAAUCCAAGACCGGCACCACAUCUUCCUGUUUUCUUAGAGAAGGCUGAAUGUGUACAUUCCUUCCAUCCAAAACUCAAAGAUGAUAAAAGUAUGUUCGUAACUGGGCUAGCCAUAGAUGAACAACAUAUGUUUAUUGUGGAUAACAGUAAUAAAAGAACAAAGGUAUUCACACAUGUAGGGCAAUUCAAGUUUGACAUAAAAUUUAACCGACCAUUUGAUGUGGCUGUGUCACAGACUGGUCACCUGUAUAUAACAUCACAUGGUGAGAAAUGUGUUAAAGUGUACUCCACCAAAGGGUCAGCAAGUGACAACGAUGGGUCAGGGUCAACUGUGGAGGCCAUGUGGUAUCACAGUGAACAGACAAGGUCAUAUAUUGACUGGUUCACACACUGUGUACAUGUGCUGUCACCUACUGGUGAUCAGCUGUACCAUUAUGGCGGCACAGAAGGCAGUGGUGUUGGUCAGUUGAGGUCACCACAGGGAGUGUGCACAGACAGCUAUGGUCACAUCUUCUUUGCUGACAUGGGUAACCACAGGAUAGUGGCACUGAGUCCUCAAGGACAGUUUAUCAGAUACUUUGAUGGGUUGGUGUACCCCAUAGCAGUAGCCAUCAACCCAUUUGGUCAGCUGGUGGUGGCAGAGGUAGAAGGCAAAGUUAAGACAUUCCAGUACUUUCAAUAA